GCGACCGGGCGCUCGCAUUGCCGAAACGUACUUUGAUCGUGGCGUCCCCAGUACUAUGAUGUUCCGGUCUAGAAUCGUUUCAUCUCACAACAACACUUCUUGGCGCCGUGCUCCCCUGGAACAGACGAAACUGCAGCAUCGCACAGAUGACACAACCGAGAUCUAGAUAAAUCCAAACACCGCCGCUGAAUGGGACCUGAAAGACGCAUCUGAGCCUCAAGCCUCUUUUGCCGAGCAAACGCAAUCGUGUCACCAGAGUGAAUUGGGAAACACCGACAGGUGUUCUGUGCAACGCGCAUUACGACAACUGAUGCGAUUCCCGCUCACAAGUCUCCCAGUAUUACCCCAACGCCCACUUCAAAAGGAGUAUCUCGCAGCCCGCGCACCAAGAUGGAUUCUUACCCACUAUACCCAAGGCACGACGGCCAUGGCACAGACGCAGGCUCCGGCAUGGACAUGGACAUGGGCGACGGCAGCAGCGCGUCGCACUCGUCGACCAUGAUGGCCGUCUUCCAGACGUCCAUGGCCACGUCGCUGUACUCGGCCGCUUGGACGCCCAACAGCACGGGCACGUACGCGGCGACGUGCAUCUUCCUCGUCGUGCUCGCCGCCCUCUUCCGCGGCCUGCUGGCUUUCAAGUCGUGGCAGGAGCACCGCUGGCUGGACAGGGAGCUCGACCGCCGCUAUGUCGUCGUCGACGGCAAGGCGCCGCUGGCGCAAAACCUCAGCCGCGACUCGCUGGCCAAGAACGCGACCAUGGUGCUGAGCGAGAACGGGGUCGAGGAGAACGUGCUGGUCGUGAGGAGGAAGACAACAGCACAUGCGAGGCCGUGGAGGUUGAGUGUUGACCCGGUUCGGGCGAUCAUUGAUACUGUUAUUGCGGGGGUUGGUUAUCUUCUUAUGCUGGCGGUCAUGUCCAUGAAUGUUGGUUACUUCCUGUCUGUCCUCGGCGGCACAUUCCUUGGGAGCCUACUGGUUGGGAGGUUCACUGCACUGACAGAACAUUGAAUGGGAUCACACGCCAAAAAACCAUGGACCGAAGAUGCUAUGACGGGUGGGAAGUUACAGAGACCGGCUCAAGCUCUGUUGUAUUGCCUUCCAGGUUUGGAUUAUGGAGCGGGCAGGCGCUAUGUUUGACACCGAUGUUUUGAUGCAGGCAUACUUUGCUUCUCAUUGCUUACGUCGUGGCCAUUUCUCUCGGAAUUCGGUGCAGAUGCUGCUGUUAGUGUUGAAGCAGUGGCAAAGUACCAGUACUUCUUAAGUGGUGGAAGACGCAGCAAACCGGAAACUUGCUCAAACCAGCGCAUGCCAAGCCCGUCGCCAAGCCGGCUCGGCGGCCGCGCUUCCACAUCCGGACCCGGACUCCAUCUUCGCCGCGUCACCGGAACCGGCGCCGGAGGCCUCGGGCUUGGACUGCCAAGCCAGCAGACCAUGUACGAUAGUCCUCCACAAAUGUACGCAC